AUGACCAAGCGGGAGCUGAAGUUCAGCUUGCAGUCACCUCAAAGCUUGCCUGCAGAUGAGUUAUGCGGUCAUAGCAAUACAGGCGAGGCACCUACGUUGGGAGAAGCAUCAGCGCCUGUGCGAAAGCGGACGCGCACAGCAGGGACAAUGCCGGGGCGCAAAAAGGCUUGCAACAAGACUUCGGCGAAUACGGUCAAAGCCGGAAGUAGUUCUCCUCAAACAGUUGCAAGUGCCAAAGCUGAAGAGCAAACAGGAAAGGACAUAUUGGCAGAUAUCCAGAGAAAUCCUGAAGCCGCAGCAAUGACCAAAGACCCCGUUAACGAUUCAGCCCCACCGUCUUUGAGUGAGAAGGACCUGGGCGCAGGAUGCGGUGACACUGGGCUUGAGAGCUUGAAAGCUGCAGACAAGAAUGAAAGGACUGAGGGAUGGAAAGCUGAAUCCAAAGAACCCGAGCGGAUUUCAAAAAGGCCUCGAGGUCAGAGCGUUCUCAGUUUCUCCUUUUCUGGCACCGACAAGAACCAGGUGGCUCCAGCCACCUCGCAUUUGCCCUCAAGAGUUGCAACAUCCGAUCGCAUGGAUUCAGACUCCAACAAGGGUGAGAUGGCAAGACCGUGUGAAGAAACACCGGCAGAACCUGUGGCCGAAGUGAAGAGUGCUCCGGACCCAAGCCCAUCACAUGAGAAAAACUCAGAAGCUGCAAAGAUUCAGCACAAGGAAGAAGAUGGACAAGUGACGAUCGUUCUCGGAAAUCAGCGACAUCGUCAAAAAAGCUUGCUCUCCAUGUUUGCAAGUCGGACUGGAGGCUGA